GUGCUGGCUGCCAUGAGGAGCGCGCACCCGCUCGUCCUCUGCUCCCUGCUCGCCCUUUGCUGGCGCGGGGAAUGCCGCCUGGCCAACGCCGAAGAGAAGCUGAUGGACGACCUCCUGAACAAAACUCGCUACAACAACCUGAUCCGCCCCGCCACCAGCAACUCGCAGCUCAUCUCCAUCCACCUGGAGCUCUCUCUGGCCCAGCUUAUCAGUGUGAAUGAACGAGAACAGUUCAUGACCACAAACAUCUGGCUGAAACAGGAAUGGACUGACUACCGCCUGUCCUGGAACAGCUCUUGCUAUGAAGGGGUGAACAUCCUGAGGAUCCCCGCAAAGCGCAUUUGGCUGCCUGACAUUGUGCUGUAUAACAAUGCUGACGGCACCUACGAGGUGUCUGUCUACACCAACGUGAUCGUCUACUCCAACGGCAGCAUCACGUGGCUGCCCCCUGCCAUCUACAAGAGCGCCUGCAAGAUUGAGGUGAAACACUUUCCCUUCGACCAGCAGAACUGCACCCUCAAGUUCCGCUCCUGGACCUACGACCACACGGAGAUCGACAUGGUCCUCAUCUCGCCCAGCGCCAUCAUGGAUGACUUCACCCCCAGUGGGGAGUGGGAUAUCGUGGCCCUCCCGGGACGCAGGACGGUGAACCCACAGGACCCCAGCUACGUAGAUGUGACCUACGACUUCAUUAUCAAGCGCAAGCCGCUCUUCUACACCAUCAACCUCAUCAUCCCCUGCGUGCUCAUCACCUCGCUGGCCAUCCUGGUCUUCUACCUGCCCUCGGACUGCGGCGAGAAGAUGACGCUGUGCAUCUCCGUGCUGCUGGCGCUCACCUUCUUCCUGCUGCUCAUCUCCAAGAUCGUGCCGCCCACGUCGCUGGACGUGCCCCUCAUCGGCAAGUACCUCUUGUUCACCAUGGUGCUGGUCACCUUCUCCAUCGUCACCACCGUGUGCGUGCUCAACGUGCACCACCGCUCGCCCAGCACCCACACCAUGGCGUCCUGGGUCAAGCAGUGCUUCCUGCACAGACUGCCCACCUUCCUCUUCAUGAAGCGCCCCGGCCUUGAAGAGAACCUGCUGGGUGACCCCCAGCCCAACCAGCUGUGCCUGACCAAGGCGGACACUACCACCGGCCCCCCCAACCUCUAUGGGAGCGCCAUGUACUUUGUAAACCCCGCCCCGGCCGUCUCCAGAUCUGCCCCGGGCCUCCCCAGGGACGUCAGACUGAGGUCUUCCGGGAGGUUGCGGCAGGACCUGCGGGAAGCGCUGGAAGGCGUCAGCUUCAUCGCCCAGCAUCUCAAGAGGGAUGACCAAGACCAAAGCGUCAUCGAGGACUGGAAGUUUGUGGCCAUGGUGGUGGACCGGCUGUUCCUGUGGGUGUUCGUGAUUGUGUGCAUCCUGGGCACCGUGGGGCUUUUCCUGCCUCCCCUCUUCCAGACCCACACACCUCCCAAGGAGUCCUAAGCUGCCCAGCAUAUUCGGGGGGGAGGACCCCCCCAAGUUGUCAUUGAGAUGAAUGAGAGCAGCCAAGCAGGCGGUUUGCUACUUCCUGGGCUGCAGCUGAGGAGACCCUGUGAUGAAUAAUAAAUAUGUCACCACUGACAAGCGGCCCCAUCAAACCAGCCACAGCCACGAGAGGGGCACGGAUGGGAAACCCACGCUGUCCUCUCCGAAUGCCUCGGAGGAAGCCCCUGCAGGAGGGGGCUGCGGACUGCUUAAGUCCAGCCUAGACAGUCCUUCUGUGUGCCAGGCAUUGGAGUUAGACAGGCAUACUUCUGGCACCUGCUCUGUGCCAGGCACUGUGCCAGCCACAUCCUGGUCUGCCUUUCUACUCCCUCCUCCCUUCACUCUGUCCAGUCCACUAGU